CCUGAAUAUGUCAAUAAUUUGCUGCUAUGCCCUUUUUUGUGUUAUUACUUGCUGAUAAUUGCUUGUGUUUUUCAGAUCAUUGCACAAGCACUUGAAGGCCUGUCAAUUGAAUCAGCUUUUGAUUUGCAGAAAGUCCUAAGAGUAGACACGUUCACAUCACCUACAAGUGCCUUUAAGAGGCUUGAAGUAAUGAUUACCAUUUUUCAAAGUCGCAUGGGAGCGCUGCUAUUCCUUAUCUCGGCAUUACUUUCUCAAGGGCAGGACCGUGUUCAAGCAGACCGGGACGAUCCCAGCCUACCCUUAGUAACUGCACCAUUUGGUCAUGCUUCUCAGGUAGUAAACUUUGCAUAUAUUCAUUGAAUGGAUGGGGCUUCAGUCUCUCCAAAUUGGUACUGCUGUCUUUGAUGCAUUCUUCCAUUGUAAUUGGUUUUAUUUGAAAUUUUUU